AUCGUCGCGAGCCAGGCCAGACAAGCCGCAGGGGUGUGUAGGCAAAAUAACUACAAGGGAAUGACAUUAAUAAACAAAACGAUGAUUCAGGUGAGACCAACAAUUUCCGUGGAAAAAUAUUAAUUAAGAAUCAUGCAUAUAAAUCAUGCAAUAGAGAAACCUGUAAACCAUUGUACUGUACAUGUACAUGGUGGUGUGAUUUUUCGACUGCCAACCAUCAUAGCUAAAUAGUUAGCGUUAGCUAUCUGCGGCUAGCUAAUUGUUGCAAUCAAAGUCUAGCCAACGAUCGAUACUCUCCCUGCUGCGUUGUACUGUUUUCACUUAUUGCAAUCUGUGUGUCUGUCUGCACCCCACCAUAGGCGUGGAUCACACGGGGAUGAACUGGAUGUGCCAUGCAGAGAAGACACAGCAGCAACACGGAUGGCAUGCCCUCUGAAAGGUUUGAGUUCACGUCCUAGGACACAGGCAUUUGCAGGUUCAUCAUCAUAUCCUGAAAUUGUGCACUAAAGAGGAUUCAAUAUGUAUAUAUAACUGGUUAACUUCAAGAGCCAAAUCCAUUGAAAGGCAAUGCAAGAAAUAGACAAUAGACAACAGUCUUUGAACCGUCAAAAGAUGCAGCUGAUCCUCUCUCUGCUCUCCAGGAGCCGUAGCCAAACCCUUGGAUCAGAAAGCAGCCUGGACGAAGGAGGCGUGUUUGACUGCCUGAAACCCGACUCGUCCACCUCCCCCCAGCAGCUCUUCUCCGGCCUGGUUGGGGUCGGGGUUCCCUCGGGAUCCGGUGUGCCCUCCGCAAACUUCCAGGUGGCUGGCCUUGUUCUGGGGACUCCUCCAGACGUCUUCAUCCAGAUGACUGCCUCCUCCAGGGAGGAAGGGGGGCCACACCGCUCUGAGUGUGGGCCCUACCUCCCCCGCCCGCCCCCACACCAUCAUCACAACCACCACCACUUCCACCAGCCGCUCCAGCACCGUACAUCCCUGCUGCACUCUGCUGCGGGGGCCGGAGAGAGGCAUGGGAACAGGGAGGAGGCCUCGGAGGACCCCUCUACACCGGCUCCGGCCUUGUCGGAGCUGAAGCCUGUAGUCACCUGGCUACAGAGGGGGUUCCCAUUCAUCCUGAUCCUCCUGGCUAAAGUGUGUUUUCAGCACAAGCUCGGUAAGACUGGUUUUAGAUCGCAAUAAAAAAAGUGGCUCUUAUACUUGUGUAGUAACACCAAUACUACACUGAUAUAAAUACUACACUGAUAUAAAUAUUACACUGAUAUACUAGACUGAUUUAAAUACUAUACUGAUAUAAAUAUUACACUGAUAUACUACACUGAUAUAAAUACUACAUUGAUAUAAAUACCACACUAAUGACAAUGUUUUUGUUAUAUAGCCUAGUACUUUAGUAGUUGCUUUGUAGUUGUAUAGUAUUGGAGUUGGUCAUUUUGUGGAAUAAGUAGAAUAAGGAACAUUUGGAAACUUUGGAAGUGUCAGAUACUGUGUGUGACUGACUGCUAACCCCCUUCUGUUUCUCUUGGUAGGUAUUGCUCUGUGUGUUGGGAUGGCCAGCACGUUUGCCUUCGCCAAUUCAACAUUCAAGCACCAGGUGUCACUACGGGUAAUUUUCACAUUCUAUACAACUUCGGUGUGAGAGCACAAGUCUUAGACUUUUCAUAAACAUUUGAGCACAUUCUUUGAGUGUUAUUGAGUCUAUGUAAAUAGCUAGCUUGAGAUUAGGUUAUGGCUCAGCUAAUGAGAAUAUACGUACAUUAGUGAUUAGUAAAGUAUUUGAUUAUUUAACUAUUUGUCUGUCUGUGCAAAUCAGGAGGAGAGGUCUGUGGUUGUAGCUCUGUGGAUGAUCAUGUUCCUAUCUGGAAACAUAGUGUAUCUCUACUACACAUUCGGUGCUGAGGAGCUGUACAACAGGUAGGGUAAAACCAUGUCUUGUGCUUCUUUCUUAUGGUAUUGCACUGAAAACCCUACAUUGCACUGAAAACCCUACAUUGCACUGAAAACCCUACAUUGCACUGAAAACCCUACAUUGCACUGAAAACCCUACAUUGCACUGAAAACCCUACAUUGCACUGAAAACCCUACACAGUUGGCUGACAUCGACAUUUUCCUCGUUGAAAUGAUUUUCUUUCUCAUCGAUCUGUAUACAGUAUGACUCCUUUUGGUCCUUUUUGUUGUAAUAUGAUUUUCAUUGUCUUUAGGCAUAUGUUACCAUGUGCCUUCUUGUCCUGUGAGUAUUGAUUUAGUGUUUAUCAUUACACCUGUUUUCACAUUUUGUUUUGUCUUCAAAAUGUUUAGUCAUGUUGUUAAUUUUUGUUGUUACUCCAUCUUCUGUUGAUCCAUGAAAGUGUCCCUUGUACCCAUUAGAGACUAGACCAGAUAUAAGGUAUCACAUCCAUCCAUGAUCAAACCUCGACCUUUACAGUACUGAAGUCUGUCUCAUCUCUGCCCCCCCCCCCCCCCCCCCACCACCACCACCACCACCAGUCUGAUGUUUGCAAAGCCCAACAUCAACAGCUUUGACUUCUUUGAUCUAAUCUGGGCGGUAGGGAUCACCGACUUUGUUCUCAAGUACUUUACCAUCGGCCUGAAGUGCUUCAUUCUGUUUCUACCCAAGAUCCUCCUGGCCUUCAAAUCCAGGGUAAGAGCCUGUGUUAGUGUUUUUUUAUAUUCAUAAAGGUUUUUACUUUUAUCCUGAGGGUCACAGCUUGUGUGCGUUUUAUAUUCAUUAAAGUUUCACUCAUGUCCUUGGGGUCACAGUGUGGGAGUGUGUGUGUUGAUGUCUUAUCCACGUGACAGUUUUGCUUAUAACCUGUGGUCACAGAAAGAGUAUGUGAUUGUGUGUCUGUAGGUGUUCUAUCUGCGUGCAGGUUUUGCCCGUGGGGCUCACAGUGUGUUUUGACCAAAGAUUUAUAUAUACACUAGAUAACUGAUGGGGGCGCUGUGUUUAAGCCACCAUGCCUCCAUAUUGGCACUCCUACACCAUUGUAAAACAUAUUUUGGAAGCUAUAGAAAUGCAUUUAUUAAUGUUUACAUUCAUUUUUGCCACAUUUAUUGUAUUGCAGACACCUUAACGCAUACUUGUAAAUGAUAUGUGAGCUAAACAUACAUUUGUACAAAAUAUAUUAAAAUAUUUCCUUAAACUAGAUAUUUUUGAGAUUACUAAUGUUACUGGCCCCACUACAACAAAAAAUAUUUGUCCAUUAAACAUUUAAUUGAAAUAGUGUAGAAUACCAUUCAUUCCUAUGGACGACUGCUCCUACUGGGGAGUGCCAAUAUGGCUGACCAGUAGCUUCAAAGCCUCUCAAUGGCCAAUACAUAGAAUCAGCAAUCCAGGGUUUAUAUACAUCAUUGGUUUUGACUCGGCUGAUAAACAGGCCAAUCAGAGAGUGAGGCUGCUGCCACUGAGAUCAUUUUCCCUGGGGGGCUGCAGGGGUGAGGUCAUCCCUCCCUGGGGUUGGACCAUUACUGUGGUGUGUCUGUGUCUGUGCUCCCACUCCUACUCACUCUCGGUUGCUGGGGAUGCCCGCGCCACGCAAUCACUAAACCGACCGACCAACCAACCCCCACCUCAACCACCAUCCUCUGCCUUCCUGACCCCCCCCCCCCCCCCUUGUGCAUUGAUUUAUCAUUUGAUUUAGUUUGCUCUACUGUUUCUUCAACAUUGCUCCUUGGCUGGCUACAUUUUUGGCACUGUCAGUGCACUCCCACUCCAGGGAAAUGUAUUUUCUAAUAGCCAUGCAUCCACCUGAAGCAAGAUUUAAUGAAAACAUGUUUUUAGCAGCUGAGGGGGAUAACUCAUAAAGUGGCGUACCCUAAACUGCUGGAUAGGUUUUGAUUGGUAGGUUGAGAGGUCAGCGUCACUAAUGAAACAAAACCAGCAGGAAGUACCAGAAUGCUUUGGAACUGCUGCCGUGGCUCAAAGUUUCUGGCUGGAGUCCAGUUUUAGUUUGACACAUUGUGUGUGUGUGUGUGUGUGUGUGUGUGUGUGUGUGAGGCCAACACUAGGGGUGGGCAGGGACAAUGACGAAAGAUGAAUUUCCUGCUUGCGGAGGUCUCCCACCCCCAGUCUCUCUGCUACAGGGUUUCCAACCCAGAGUGAUUAAUCUCUGUCAGGUGAUAUCCACAGAUCCAUUAUACACACUGUGAUGCCACUGGGAAUCCAUUUCCUGUUAGUGUUUGGCCUUCUGUUUUUGAACCCCUCACUCCUCAUAUACACACACACACACACACAGCAACAACAGGAACUUUUUAUUUUUUAAGAGUACUGUCGCCUUGUCCUCCUGGCUUCCCCUGUGGCAUCCAUUGGAGAGCGAGGAGGAGUGGCCUCUUAAAGAAAAGAUGGCUGCCCCCGCAGGUUGACGUGCCUAGGGCUGAACUGUGUGGGUAGCAGGUGGAGAGAGCCGAGCGGCUGCCAGUUUCCCUUGCGGUGUGGGGAAAUUGCCUUUACUGCUGUGAAGCUGCGGCCUGCGGAGCCCUCGCCGGUGGCCAUGCUUAGGCUGGAGCUUGUUGCUUACAGUGUGCUGCUCCUCAACAGAUAGGCCUAGAGGUAGCUUUAUUUGUGUUGUUUUUUGGCCGUUUACUUAUCUUAAAGAAAAACUGACUGUAUUGAGGGAAUAUACACUUGUCUUUGAAGAAUAUAACUAGUUUGUGGUGAAACCUCAGUUUUUUUCUGUAUUUCUCUUUUUCACACCAUCUCAAACCACCCAUCAACCACAGACAUUUUUCAGAUGAAUGUAUUACAUGCAUUUCCAAUGUCUUAUCAGUGUCCUCCGUGUGUGUGUGGCAGGGUAAGUUCUACCUGGUGAUAGAGGAGCUGAGUCAGCUGUUCAGGGCCCUGGUGCCCAUCCAGCUGUGGUACAAGUACAUCAUGGGAGAGGACCCAUCCACCAGCUACUUCCUAGGAGCCAUGCUCAUUAUCAGCUACAGCCUCUGCAAGGUAACGUAGCGCUAAUAUAACUCACACUCAGCCUCUGCAAGGUAACGUAGCGCUAAUAUAACUCACACUCAGCCUCUGCAAGGUAACGUAGCGCUAAUAUAACUCACACUCAGCCUCUGCAAGGUAACGUAGCGCUAAUAUAACUCACACUCAGCCUCUGCAAGGUAACGUAGCGCUAAUAUAACUCACACUCAGCCUCUGCAAGGUAACGUAGCGCUAAUAUAACUCACACUCAGCCUCUGCAAGGUAACGUAGCGCUAAUAUAACUCACACUCAGCCUCUGCAAGGUAACGUAGCGCUAAUAUAACUCACACUCAGCCUCUGCAAGGUAACGUAGCGCUAAUAUAACUCACACUCAGCCUCUGCAAGGUAACGUAGCGCUAAUAUAACUCACACUCAGCCUCUGCAAGGUAACGUAGCGCUAAUAUAACUCACACUCAGCCUCUGCAAGGUAACGUAGCGCUAAUAUAACUCACACUCAGCCUCUGCAAGGUAACGUAGCGCUAAAAUAACUCACACUCAGCCUCUGCAAGGUAACGUAGCGCUAAAAUAACUCACACUCAGCCUCUGCAAGGUAACGUAGCGCUAAAAUAACUCACACUCAGCCUCUGCAAGGUAACGUAGCGCUAAUAUAACUCACACUCAGCCUCUGCAAGGUAAUGUAGUGCUAAUAUGAUUCGCACUUCUUUUUUGUGGAGGUAGUUAUAUUCAAUGUUGUUGGAGUAGCCUGUUCAAUGGAGUCAUUCAGUUACAGUUGAAGUCGGAAGUUUACAUAUACUUAGGUUGGAGUCAUUAAAACAAGUUUUUCAACCACUCCACAAAUAUCUUGUUAACAAACUAAAGUUUUGGCAUGUCGGAUAGGACAUCUACUUUCUGCAUGACACAAGUAAUUUUUCCAACAAUUGUUUACAGACAGAUUAUUUCAUUUAUAAUUCACUGUAUCACAAUUCCAGUGGGUCAGAGGUUUACAUACACUAAGUUGACUGUGCCUUUAAACAGCUUGGAAAAAUACCAGAAAAUGAUGUCAUGGCUUUAGAAGGUUCUGAUAAGCUAAUUGACAUCAUUUGAGUCAAUUGGAUGUGUACCUGUGGAUGUAUUUCAAGGCCUACCUUCAAACUCAGUGCCUCUUUGCUUGACGUCAUGGGAAAAUCAAAAGAAAUCAGCGAAGACCUCAGAAAAAGAAUUGUAGACCUCCACAAGUCUGGUUCAUCCUUGGGAGCAAUUUCCAAACGCCUGAAGGUACCACGUUCAUCUGUACAAACAAUAGUGCGCAAGUAUAAACACCAUUGGACCACGCAGCUGUCAUACCGCUCAAGAAGGAGACGCGUUCUGUCUCCUAGAGAUGAACAUACUUUGGUGCGGAAAGUGCAAAUCAAUCCCAGAACAACAGCAAAGGACCUUGUGAAGAUGCUGGAGGAAACAGGUACAAAAGUAUCUAUCCACAGUAAAACGAGUCCUAUAUCGACAUAACCUGAAAGGCCGCUCAGCAAGGAAGAAGCCACUGCUCCAAAACCGCCAUAAAAAAGCCAUACUACGGUUUGCAACUGCACUUAGGGACAAAGAUCGUACUUUUUGGCCAUAAUGACCAUUGUUGUGUUUGGAGGAAAAAGGGGGCUGCUUGCAAGCCGAAGAACACCAUCCCAACCGUGAAAUACAGGGGUUGCAGCAUCAUGCUGUGGGGGUUCUUUGCUGCAGGAGGGACUGGUGCACUUCACAAAAUAGAUGGCAUCAUGAGGAAGGAAAAUUAUGUGGAUAUAUUGAAGCAACAUCUCAAGACAUCAGUCAGGAAGUUGAAGCUUGGUCACAAAUGGGUCUUCCAAAUGGACAACGACACCAAGCAUACUACCAAAGUUGUGGCAAAAUGGCUUAAGGACAACAAAGUCAAGGUAUUGGAGUGGCCAUCACAAAGCCCUGACCUCAAUCCUAUAGAACAUUUGUGGGCAGAACUGAAAAAUGGUGUGCAAGGAGGCCUAGCUCGCACACACUAGCUCUGUCAGGAGGAAUGGGCCAAAAUUCACCCAACUUAUUGUGGGAAGCUUGUGGAAGGCUACCCGAAACGUUUUACCCAAGUUAAACAAUUUAAAGGCAAUGCUACCAAAUACUAAUUGAGUGUAUGUAAACUUCUGACCCACUGGGAAUGUGAUGAAAUAAAUAAAAGCUGAAAUAAAUCAUUCUCUCUACUAUUAUUCUGAUAUUUCACAUUCUUAAAAUAAAGUGGUGAUCCUAACUGACCUAAAACAGGGAAUUUUUACUAGGAUUAAAUGUCAGGAAUUGUGAAAAACUGAGUUUAAACGUAUUUGGCUGAGGUGAACUUUUUACUUCAACUGUAUAUUCAACUCUGUAUAUUCAAUGGAGUUGUUGGUAUUGUGAUAACUAAAUGUGUGUGGGUGGUGUAUGUGCAAGAAAUUCAUGAUAAAUAGGCUAAAGCAUGAAUACAUCAUGGGUGGCUACAGCUUUCAAAGUAUUGUGGGUUGAGAUGAGAAACUGGAGAAAUUGAGUCAGAGUUGUUCAUAGAUGUGUGUCAUUAGAAGGUUGCAAAAUGGGACAGGAUACUGCACAUCACUGAGUGGUUAAGAAUAUAACAUUUAAUUAAGUUAAGAAUACAAAAAGGAACCAAAAUAUAUUGACCCAGUAGAGAAUUGUGUUAGUUAGAGGAAGUUAGAAUUUUGUAACUUUUUCAGGAUAAAAUUCAGUGGUCACCAACCCUGUUCCUUGAAAGCUGGAGGUGCAGGCUUUUGUUCCAGCCCUGCAGUAAUGCACCCGAUUCUAGAGCCUUAACUGUUUGUGUUGAUCUUUCAGUCGUUUGACCUCUGUGGACGAGUAUCAGCCAUACGCAAGGCAAUGGCAAUUCUCUGCAGUUCUCAGGUGAGAAAUUAUUACUUUUUGUAAAUACAAGUAUCUGGGUCAAUUAGCAGCCCACAUCACUAUCUUAUAGCCAUUUAAGUAAUAUUUCUAGCUGCAGUAGUACACCUUCAACAGUGAAUUUGUUGUGCCUGAUAUUGCACUCUGAUUGAGUUAUCUUACUACAUAUACAUUAUUAGAAUGCACAACUUAUACACUGAGUUGACCCUGUAUGGAAUGGGAAGGUAAACAUUUACAUUUAAAAAUAUAUAUAUUAUUUAGCAGACGCUCUUAUCCAGAGUGACUUACAGGAGCAAUUAGAGUGAAGUGCCUUGCUCAAGGGCACAUUGGUAGAUGUGUCACCUAUUUGACUCGGGGAUUCGAACCAGCAACCUUUCGGUUACCGGCCCAACUCUCUUAACCGCUAGGCUACCUGACUUUGUCUCUUUGUCACCACCUACCUGCUGCUCUAUCACCCACAGAGUUAUGGUGUGAGAGCCAGCAGCCAGCAGUGCAGUGAAGCUGGGGACAUUUGUGCUAUUUGUCAGGGCGACUUCAGAGACCCCAUCGUUCUUCUCUGUCAGGUGAGGGGACAUAUAUAAACCCAUGGCUCUAGCUACUAUCCUCACUAGUAUGUUAUUCACUGCUAAGAGUUCUAUGUUACAUUUGUGUCAGGGUCAGGUUAUUAUUUUUUUACCAACAGCUGAUUAUGUGAUAGUGUGGGCAAUCUGUGGUGUAGACAGUAAGUAGGAUGGUGUCAUGUCAUGGGUGAAGGAGUGCAUGUAACGGUAAACUUAAUUUUGUUUGUCUGUCUCUCUACCCUCUAGCAUGUGUUCUGUGAGGAGUGCCUGUGUCUGUGGUUCGACCGUGAGCGAACGUGCCCCCUGUGUCGAUCUGCGGUCAUAGAGACCCUGCACUGCUGGAAGGACGGCACCACCUCUGCCCACUUCCAGAUCUACUAGUGAUUGACGGCCAGAUGCCCACCAGACACUGGGGGGCUCUAUGGAGUCCAUUUAGUAUGCCAUUAAUGUAUAAAGUCAGUUACUAUACCUUCUCUACACCACUGUCUCUAUCCCUAUCACACUGCUUGCCUAAGUUUGGCUUCAGCCAUGUCUUGCAAAGAAAUAUAAUAUUAACGUAUCACAGUGUGCCACAGCACCGUGUGGUAUGGGUUAGUGUUCUUGCAAAGGGUACCUAUAGUAGUAUGUCAGUAUAACAAUUGCUUGUUUGCUCAUGUAUUUAGUUAUAUUUAGUUACUUAUGCAUAUCACCUGAUUUCUAGUGUAGAUUCAGCUUAUGUUUAGUGACAUAAUUUAAACCAUAAAAAAUGUAUAGAAAAAAAAUCACAGGUUCUGUGUUCUUUCAGUGUGUAUCAGAUUUUCCAAUUAAACCAUGAUUGAUGCAGUAUUGUUAAACUUUUGUUGAAUGUUUUAUGUUGUCACAUUAUUAGUCAUUGCUUAAUAAUGAUAGCAUGAAAGCAUUUUUACUUUGAAACUUUUAUUAUCUCGAGUGAGCACAGAAUUCACAAUGUAAUACAUAUUUAAAUAGCAUGUAAAGAACACAUUCUUUAUAAAAGACACAGAUUCAGCACUGCAAUUGAAAAUUACAGUUUUUGUGAUAUAUAUAAAAACAGUUUAUGGACUGUAAACAUAAAUAGCAUGCCCUUAUAUUUACACAUGAUUUCUUGCAUGGUUUCAUGAACAUUAUCUGCGUUAACACUGCUACCCCAAGCCCAUUUCAAAAGUUCAAAAAAAUAGAACAGUUGACAUAUUCCCCUCUCUCUUCAGUCAUCAAUAUUUGAUACAGCCCACAGCAUUAUUCACCUAAUGAAAAUAAAUGACUAGAAACAAAAAAACGGUUUGAAAAAAAUCGUAUCAAAAUUGAUUUUCAUCUGUAGUGAUGGUAGAAUCCAGACUUUGCAUGGUCUAUAAUUAUUACAGAAGCUUAUCUAACAAGUACAGUGCAAUUUAUCCACUGAGCACCAUUUCAAGAAUGCCCGUCACAAGAGACAAGGCACCUAGAAGUAGGCUACACACGUUCUUAAAUGUAUUUUUUGCAUACCAACAGGAUAUUUCAGUUAGGUAAUUGACAUCGUAUAUAGUCCAUCGAUAAUUCAAGUGUAAAUUCAUCAACGUAUGACAGUUGCGUGGGCAAUAUUAGUACGCUUUUCCUUUAGUAACCGUCAGGGGAGGAAGACAUCACCGUUCUAAACUCGGAAGAACCGCCAGACAGUGAGAGUGAUGAUAAAAGUGGCGUCAGUCAUAUCUGUUGAAUUCAAAUGAAUUCAAAGCAAUGCGUCAAAUAAUAUAAUAAAUGGGGGAAAAAACGCACUGAGAAAUGUAUUCACGCAGUACUGCAUCUUAGACCCACAUGUCCUAAAGUAUUAUUUUAAUGGAAAAUGUUACUCAGUCUCUGUGACAAAAUGUUAUGUCACCUGAACUCUGAAGCACAACAUUUUCCUUAGCCAACACAAAGUACAAAGAAUGUAUGUCCUUUGAUUUUGGUCAGAUUCCUUAUUUUUCAAAACCCUGUUCUUAACGGUCUGGCUGCAUGUGUGGCAUGUUGAUCAUGAUGACAUGUAAGUGUGCACAUUGGACCUCGGCGCUCUGUGGCAGGUUGACUGGGUGGCAUCCAUUUUCUCAGUGCAAAUAUUCUGACAGCUUUCUCUGUCUCCUCCUCGGGAUCUUGAAGGCACCAUCUAAAGUGGAUAAAAAAAUAAAAAUGUUAGCUCAUAAACAUUUAGAUCAUAUUUUGAUUUUAAAAAGAAUCAGUGAAUAAUCCAACAUAGUUUUGCUUAUGAAUAACUAAAUGAUAAAUUCUCAAAAUUACACCAGCUAUUAUUACAUAUUUAUAACCGCAAUUCACCUGCUGAACAUUGUUGGGGAAAGUUUGCCAUCAAGCGUCUAUACUCGCAACCAAGUUUGUUUGCAUUACUCAUAUGCUGCGUUCAUAACAACUAGGAACUCGGAACUGGGAACUCGGUAAUCUCCGACUUCAGACUUCAGUGCGUUCUAAACAAUUGGGAACUCGGACAAAAACGAGCUCCGAAUGGGAAAAAUCGUUUUGAACGGUCAUUCAACUCGGAAUUCCAACUCGGGAACUCUUUCUAGAGCUCCGACUUUCCGACCUGAAGAUCACUGACGUCAUGAUCAUGACCUCGUAUUUUUCCGAGUUCCCAGUUGUUUUGAACGCGGCAAAAGUGAUGACGCGCUCCUGUGAAGCUUACCUGUUGCUGGCUUUGCCUUUGUAGUGUCUUGCACCUAUAGGUGUCGCUUUCUGAUAAAGAGCAUGAGGACGGUGAUUUGUAUUGCUGUGCAUACAAAGCCUUUAAAGUGGACUUUUCUAUUCAACUCCAGUUUCUCGUAAUAUCUGUUGUCUCGAGAUCCAACCGUCCAGUUUUUAUCCAUCUCGUCCCCGAUCCUCCGGAGCCGGGAGGCGAGCGACUGGGUCCCGGAGCAUGGUGAGGGUCCUUGGGCACAGAUCAUCGAGUCGUCGGGUAGAGGCAGAGGCUGGUCUAUCGGGAGCCAGCACAUGUUCUCUAAAAAUCUAUUUAUAUUUGUUAUCUGUCCCUGUCCCCUCCUCUUAUCCACUCUUCGGGAAUAUGAUCUUCUUUACUGUACAGAUCAGAUCUGGACUGUGUUGUUUCUCUCUCU